AUGACAUCCUCACUUCCACCCUUCCAUCUCCUCAAUGCCCCAGACACUCGUUUGCCCGGUCCGUCAUCCACAUCUUUCACCCUCACCCCACCUUUAACAUCCAUGACGGACAUAUGGCGCAAACCCGGCCCACCAGAAAUAAACACAUUUAACGCCCCAGUGAUCUACAAAAUCAUCAACCUCGCCACCUUCCAACGUGUCCGAGUAACCCUCGCAGGAGCAUGGGACACGCUCUAUGAUCAGGGAGGGCUUGUUCUCAUCGUUCCUGACCCAGAAUGCUCUCAGAACGACGCAACUGAAGCGGCCCGGAAUGGCCAGUGGGUGAAAAGUGGAAUUGAAUUCGUGGACGAUGCCCCAAAAGUUGGUUCGGUAGCCUGUGAUCGUUGGGCCGAUUGGAGUCUUGUGACUGAAGGGAUUGUUCCAGCAUCUGGAGGAGAAGCAAACUCAACUCAGGUUACGAUUGAAAUGGAAAGGAGACCGACUGACGAUACCCUUUGGGUUUACGUCGUCCAGGACGGCAAGAGGUCUGGGGUGAGGGAGGUGACUUGGUUAUUGAGUCUCGCUAAGGAUGAGGAUGGAAAGCCGAAGGACAUAGAGGCUUGGGUUGGUGUCUAUGCUGCUACACCUACAAUUGUUGAGGACGCGAAGCCGCUGAAUGUCAAAUUUGAAGGGUUUGAACUUGAGCUGAGGGAGCUUUAG